ACUGCAUUUCCGCUGCUACUCAGCUUAAUUAGCAAGAGAGCGCAGGGCACGAUCUAGGGCUAGUCCAGGAGGGUCGCGAGUAUGUCGGUCCAGGAGUAUCUGGACAAGCAUUUGCUAUCUCGCAAGAUCGAGGAUGCCGUCAAUGCCGCGGUCCGGGCCAAGGCCCCUGAUCCGAUCCUUUUCAUCUCGAAUCACAUGAGGAAGGCCGUUCCCUCUGCGAUCACGAAGAUCAGAGCCAGGCAGAUCCUGGAUAGCAGGGGAAUCCCGACAGUUGAAGUGGAUCUCUACACCAACAAAGGGAUGUACCGUGCUUCUUCCCCCAGUGGUACUGCAAUUGGAAUGUAUGAGGCUGUUGAAUUGCGGGAUGGGGACAAAGGAAAGUUUCUAGGAAAGGGUGUUUCAAAAGCUGUCAAGCUUAUAAAUGAAAAGAUUUCCGAGACCCUGAUUGGCAUGGAUCCCACUCUCCAGGCCCAAAUUGAUCAGGCAAUGAUAGACUUGGAUAAAACUGAAAACAAGACUGAACUUGGAGCAAAUGCUAUUUUGGCUGUGUCAAUUGCUGCCUGUAAAGCUGGUGCUGCUGAAAAAGAGGUCCCUGUAUAUAAGCAUAUUGCAGAUCUUUCCGGUAAAAGUGAACCAGUCCUUCCUGUUCCUGCCUUUACUGUUAUUAGUGGUGGAAAGCAUGCUGGCAAUUCUCUGGCUGUGCAAGCAAUAAUGAUUUGCCCAAUUGGUGCAAAAAAUUUCAUGGAGGCUUUACAAAUGGGAUCAGAAACAUACCAUCACCUGAAGUCUAUUAUCAGUGAGAAAUAUGGUUCAAAUGAGUGCAAUGUUGGUCAUGAUGGAGGGUUUGCUCCCAAUAUCUCCAGCUUUUCUGAGGGCUUGGAUCUUGUUAAGGAGGCAAUAGACCGAGCAGGAUAUAAUGGAAGAAUUAAGUUGGCAAUGGAUGUUGCAGCCACUGAUUUUUGCAUAGGGAGGAAGUAUGAACUGGACUCGAAAGCCCUGAAUAAGUCGGGGCAGAAUUUCAAGACUGGAGAAGAAAUGAUUGAGAUGUAUACACAACUUUGUUCAGACUACCCCAUUGUAUCUAUUGAGCAACCAUUUGACAAAGAUGACUGGGAGCAUUCAAAGUUAUUUUCUGCCCUUGGUAUAUGCCAGGUUGUAGGAGAUGACUUGUUAAUGUCAAAUCCUAAGCGCAUAGAUCGGGCAAUACAGGAGUCUGCUUGCAAUGCUCUUCUUCUCAAGAUGAAUCAAAUUGGGACAGUCACAGAGGCUAUCGAAGUUGUUAAACAGGCAAAAGACGCUCAGUGGGGAGUGAUUAUUUCUCAUCGAUCUGGAGAGACUGAAGACUCCUUCCUGGCUGAUUUCGCUGUUGGCCUCGCAGCUGGUCAGAUAAAAGCUGGUGCCCCUUGCCGUGGAGAGCGAGUUGCUAAAUACAACCAGUUGCUCAGAAUUGAGGAAGAACUUGUAGGCCAGGCUGUUUAUGCUGGAGAGAACUGGAGAUUUCCAUAAGCCUACUGCUGACCACCGGUUUUUUUUUUUCCGUUGCUAUGCUGUGAUUGUUUUGUGAUGGUUUCAGGAUAAUUUGAAACAGCAAAUGAGGAAGAAAAUUUUAGAAAUUGUUAAGAUUAAAUGGGAAUCUUUCAUGGCAUUUUAAUCUGCUUUUCAUUGUGUUGUGGAAAUAAAAAUAAAAUUUUUAUAGGGGACCAA